AUGUCGGACAGUCGUCUGCGUACCACAUCCUUUGCCACCGAGCAAAAUGGUGGCCCGGAUGAAGUCCCGACCGCGCUCACCGGUGUAUCGGUUCAACAAACACCACACGGCCGGGUGACCAAGGUCGUGGCCACCCGAGGCGGCUCGGACUCUGUGACCGAGGAAAUCAGCUACAGCGACACGAACAUUAUCGGCAAGGGCUCAUUUGGUGUCGUUUUUUCGGUGUACCUGCACACCUCUGAAUGUAAGGUGGCCAUCAAGAAAGUGCUCCAGGACCGUCGGUACAAGAACCGUGAGCUUCAGAUCAUGCGCUCGCUCAAUCACCCCAAUAUCACCGCCCUGCACUAUUUUUUCUACUCAAGCGGGUCAAAGAAGGACGAGAUCUACCUGAAUCUGGUCGUCGAGUUUGUCCCAGAGAGCCUCUAUCACGUGCUCAAGCGCCGCACACGCGCCAACGAAGCCCUACCCAUGCUGCUCGUCCAGAUGCUGUCUUUCCAAAUGUUCCGUGCCCUCGGCUUCUUGCACGCCAAGGGCAUCUGCCAUCGCGACAUCAAACCGCACAACUUGCUCGUGGAUGAAGCUCGUGGCAUCCUCAAGCUCUGUGACUUUGGCAGCGCAAAGGUCCUGGUUGAAGGCGAGCCCAAUGUGGCCUACAUUUGUUCCCGCUACUAUCGCGCCCCCGAACUCAUCUUUGGCGCCAGCAACUACUCUACCAAGAUUGGUUUGUCAUCUGUUUGCCUCUGCCGUGCGCCUGUACUUCCGUCCCGGCUCUCACUCGCUUUGAUUCGGUCAACUUGUGCAAAAAUAGAUUGUUGGUCUGCUGGCUGUGUACUCGCUGAAUUGCUGCUGGGACAGCCGCUCUUCCCAGGAGAAAGUGGUGUGGAUCAACUCGUCGAAAUCAUCAAGGUCCUGGGCACCCCGACCAAGGAUCAAAUUCGCGCCAUGAACCCCGAGUACCAAACCUUUCGCUUUCCGCAAAUUCGAGCACAGCAGUGGUCCGACCUCCUGCCAGCCCAUGCACCAGAGUCUCUGGCCUCUCUAUGCACGCUUCUGCUGGCCUACCAGCCCUCGGACCGCUUGAGCAUGUGGGAUGCCAUGGCACACCCCUUCUUUGAAGACUUGCGUCAACCCAAUGCCGCCCUCAACGGCCAGAGCGUGGCUUCCCUCUUUGAUUUCAACCAAGAAGAGUUUGAGCUGCUGCCGCACGUAUACGAGAAUCUGAUCCCCAGCCACCUUCAGGGUUGA